AUGACGGUAUCGAAAUUUGGUCGAUUUUUGGUUUCUAAAGAGGAAUUAUGUCUAACAAACGUGUUGCAAGUUGGACAGUCUUUCAGAUGGAUAUUUGAUGAGAAACUGAAUCAGUACUCGAGUAGUUUGAAAGUUGGAAAUGAUGAGAAGUAUGCCCUGGUUGUGCUGAGACAGAAUAGUAGUAAUGGUGAAGAUUUCGUUGAGUUUGGUUCAGUAGGGGGGGAUUGCGAGUUGGGAACGUUAGAUUCUCAUUUAAGAAAUUAUUUUAGGUUAGAUGUAUCUGUGAAUGAUUUGUAUUCCACACAAUGGUUACCUAGAGAUGAUCGGUUCAAGUCACAUAGUCCAUCAGGGAAUCGGAUCUUGGCUCAGGAACCAUGGGAGACUUUAGUUUCAUUUAUCUGUUCAAGUAACAAUAACAUUUCAAGGAUAACAAAAAUGUGUCAUGAAUUGUGUUCAAAAUUUGGUAACAAGAUAGGUACAUUGGGGGAUGUAGACUACUAUUCAUUUCCUAGUAGUGAUGAUAUAGUAGAGAGAUCCUCUGAAGAAGAAUUGAGAAAACUUGGAUUCGGGUAUAGGGCUAAGUAUAUCAUUGAUACCGCCAAAAUGAUGGUUGAAGAUAAAACCGCAAAUGGAUAUACUAGCGACACUCAAUAUCUUAUGGAACUUGGUUCCAAAUUGACUUACGAACAACUGAGAGAACAUCUGAUGAGAUAUUCCGGUGUGGGUCCAAAAGUUGCCGACUGUGUGUGUCUGAUGGGGUUUAAAAUGGAUCAUGUAGUACCAAUCGAUACUCAUGUUAGUAGAAUUGCCAAAAGAGAUUAUAACUUUCAAGCAGCUAAAAAUAAAAUAAAAGACUUAUCUAAGAAAUAUACUGAAUACCCUAUUACCAGGAAAAAAAUAAACAUGGAAUUGGAUUUAACAAGGUUGAUGUUUGUUGAAAAAUGGGGUGAAUAUGCAGGUUGGGCUCAAGGUAUAUUAUUUUCCAAUGAAGUUGGAAAUGCUAAUGGGGCAACAUCUACUGGGAAAAUUAAGAAACGUGAAUUAGAGGUUAAACCAGAAGUCAAGGAAGAAAAUACAACUGUAAAUAGCAAGACAAAAAGAGUGAAAAGACAAAGUUAUUGA